GUUACAAAUAUGUAGUGUCGUUUUCUUUUUGCUCCGAGUUUGUACAUCCAAUCAUAUUUCGGUAUGCAAAUAAACCUUAGCCCCAGCAGAUAAAAAGGAACAAAUAAAGCCAAGUGCUCUAUCAGAACCAAAUCGCUGAGCCUGUCACCUGUGUUCCAGAAGCUGAGCCAGAAAUGUCGACCCCAGGCAUGCCAGAGUUACCUGCCCCGCUCUCCAAUUUGAAGUUUCAGUAUACUAAGAUCUUCAUAAACAAUGAAUGGCAUAAUUCAGUGAGUGGCAAGAAAUUUCCAGUCUUUAAUCCUGCAACUGAGGAGAAACUCUGUGAGGUAGAAGAAGGAGAUAAGGAGGAUGUUAACAAGGCAGUGAAGGCUGCAAGGCAGGCUUUUCAGAUUGGUUCUCCAUGGCGUACUAUGGAUGCUUCUGAAAGGGGACGGCUAAUAUACAAGUUGGCUGAUUUAAUUGAACGAGAUCGUCUGUUGCUGGCAACAAUGGAGUCCAUGAAUGGUGGGAAACUGUUUUCCAAUGCAUAUCUGAUGGAUUUAGGUGGCUGCAUAAAAUCACUACGCUACUGUGCAGGCUGGGCUGACAAGAUCCAGGGCCGUACCAUUCCCAUUGAUGGAAGUUUUUUUGCUUAUACAAGACAUGAGCCUAUUGGUGUGUGUGGCCAAAUCAUUCCUUGGAAUUUCCCCUUGGUUAUGCUCAUUUGGAAGAUAGGGCCUGCCCUCAGCUGCGGAAACACAGUGGUUGUCAAACCAGCAGAGCAAACACCUCUCACUGCUCUUCACGUGGCAUCUCUAAUUAAGGAGGCAGGGUUUCCUCCUGGAGUGGUGAACAUUGUCCCUGGCUAUGGGCCAACUGCAGGGGCAGCCAUAUCUUCCCACAUGGACAUAGACAAAGUGGCCUUCACAGGAUCUACUGAGGUUGGCAAAAUGAUCAAAGAAGCUGCUGGGAAAAGCAAUCUGAAGAGGGUGACCCUGGAGUUGGGGGGGAAGAGCCCUUGCAUUGUUUUUGCUGAUGCAGACUUGGAUGUUGCUGUUGAAUUUGCACACCUGGGCUUAUUCUACCACCAAGGUCAAUGUUGUAUAGCUGCAUCCCGGCUUUUUGUAGAAGAAUCAAUUUAUGAUGAGUUUGUUCGAAGGAGUGUUGAGCGUGCUAAAAAGUAUGUUCUUGGGAAUCCUCUGACCCCAGGAGUCAGUCAAGGGCCUCAGAUUGAUAAGGAACAAUAUCAAAAAAUACUUGAACUCAUUGAGAGUGGAAAGAAAGAAGGGGCCAAGCUGGAAUGUGGAGGCGGUCCCUGGGGGAACAAAGGGUACUUUAUCCAACCCACAGUUUUCUCCAAUGUUUCAGAUGAGAUGCGUAUUGCCAAAGAGGAGAUAUUUGGACCAGUGCAGCAAAUUAUGAAGUUUAAAAGUUUAGAUGAUGUGAUCAAGAGAGCAAACAACACUCACUAUGGUUUAUCAGCAGGAAUCUUUACCAAAGACCUUGACAAAGCGGUAACAGUCUCUUCCGCUCUGCAGGCCGGGACAGUGUGGGUGAAUUGCUAUAGUGUGGUAUCUGCCCAGUGCCCCUUUGGUGGAUUCAAGAUGUCUGGAAAUGGACGAGAGUUGGGAGAAUACGGUUUCAAAGAAUAUACAGAGGUGAAGACAGUCACAAUGAGAAUUUCUCAGAAGAAUUCAUAAAGAAACUACACAAGUGGAAAGAAGAAUUCUCAAUGAUUAAGCAUCUCCUACACUAAUAUAUUAUAGUGGGUUUUAAAUACAAAAUCAUUCUUUUCUUGAUUUUUAAAACAUAAAGGAUCAUAUUAUCAUUAAUACUACACAUGGAAAACCUUACAUGUAGCUUAUUCUGAAAGAAUCAUUUGUCUUCUGAUAUGUGAUCCCACCCCCCAGUCCUUAUAUAUAUUAAAAAAAGAAUUUGGAUUCAAGAUCUCUCUAGCUCUGUAAUAGUUAUGUGCUUUCUUUGUAGCUACUUGUCCAAGAUAAUCACUUUAUAGAAGAGGACCAGUUGUCAUUUCCCUAACAAUCCCCUUGAAAUACUAAACAUACUCAUUAACUGCAGAGUAGAUGUGUUCUGUUCUAGUAGCUGUCAAGUCGUUGGAGUUUGUUGAAAGUUUCCUAGAAUUUCAUGUCUGAUUCUCAAAUGAAGUAAUAUCUGAAAUACUUAGCUGUAAUGUAAACAUAAAGCUUAAUAAAAACAACCUUGCAUGA